AUGCCGAGAGGUACGAAGAUUCCCAAAACUCGCUGGUCUCAUUCAGAGAAACGCCGGCUUCUCAAUUACCGGGAUGCACAUCCUGACUUGCCUUGGGAACAAAUCAAACUGGACCUGAAAAUUGAUCGUGAGAAGGGAGCUCAGAAAAAAGUUUGUUAUCUGGUGGAGUAUAUAUGGAAUAGUCAGGGCUUGAUGCUAACAUACCUCAUGCUGUUCAGGCGAACAACGGUAAUGAAGAGACUGAGGAAAUGGUAUGUCAUCUUAAUUGCAACAUCGCGUGCAAUAAUCAGAGUUCAUGCUAAUAUACCUCAUGUUGAUCAGACGAACAAUCAGAAUAACGUGACCAACACUACUCAGCUCAGUAAAGGGAACAAACGCCUGCUGCACCUCGGAGACAACGAGACACGUCCCAGCAAGCAAACUAAGACUGGCGAUGUUGCAGCAAACAGUGACAAUGACCCAGACUUCGAUCCUAGCGAGGAUAGUGAUUCUGACGGGGGUGACAUUAGCCCUGCAGGUAACAUUGGCCGCUCUCCCACUGCUCGGCAGCUUCGUAAUGCGCCUCGCAAGCAGCUGAAUGAUACUGUCGUGGGUUCAGCUUCUGGCCUGAAGCGUCCUUCCAAGAGUACAAAGCUUCAAUUCACUGGUCAACCUGGUGCACGCAAUUCGUUUAGCACAACGCCUGCUAGCCCUGACCCUCGCACACUGCAGAACGCAAAAAAAUCUAUCAAAACUACUGAACUUGCACCCAACUCAUCUCAGCCAACACUUUCAAAUUCUCGCACUCCUGACAACGCUGCAGACACGAACAAAUCUGACGCAACCUCUGAAAUCGUGUCCACGGUGCAGAGAGCUCCUCCAAACUCGUCUCCUGCAAACACUCAUCGUUCUCUGCCGAAUCAAGAAUCUACUACCGACGAACAUUUGCCAUCAAAGCCUGAAGACAAAAUGGCUCCUCGUCCUCCCACUCCCCCUUUUCCCGCUACCACUGGUUUUACCGAAUCUGGAAACAACGGAUACCCACUCAUGCAGCACGGCGCACUCCUGUUUGUGCAGGCCGGUUUCGCCAUGAGAGACUUGCCGAGAGAGCGCGCCCGCAACGCCCAGUUGGACGAGAGAAAUGAGAAUCUCGUGAUGGAGGUACUGAAGCUGAAGGAGAAGGAAGCCGAAUGGAGACAGGAGAUUGAAGAGCUCCAGCUCCAUAACAAGAACCUCGAAGGCGACCUUAAGAAGCAGAUUGAUCAGAACAAGAAGCUCGAGGCUGGACUGAAGGAGUUGAGCGAGAAGAAGAACCAGGGUGCUCUCGAUUCUGCCAAUGGAGCCACCAAUGCCAAAUGCGAGCACUGCCUUGAGCAUCUCACUCGCAUCAACGCUCUGACCGAAGAAAAUAAGAAGAUGAAGCAGAGAUGCAAGGUUUUGGCUGAAGCAUUUGCGGCUGGCAAUGAUCAAGCCUGA